ACAGUACACAUAUAUAUACACACACGGUUUUCGCAUGACAUUCAUUGCGAAAUUACAGUUGAGGUCAGAGCUUGGCCCUUCAAAUCCUGCAUUUAUCGUGAUAUUUUGUGGGUUUCUGAACAGUUAAACUAUACAAGUCACCUUGGAUCAGUGUGAACACCACUCUCAAGAUGGCGGCAAUAUUACGUGGGUUUUUAAUACGCCAAGCGUAUAAUUGCACUAAAUCCCUGGUAGCCAGUAUGCCGGCGUGCAAUCUCACCACACAGGUCUCCCCUCCACCCAAAGUAGUUAAAGGGAAGCUUGAAGAUCUCCAACCUCACAUCAGACAGUACAUCUUGGAGAAGGUGGACGUGUGUCAACCAGAUAAUAUUCAUAUCUGUGACGGGACGGAAGAAGAAAAUGUGUCGAUGCUUAACCAGUUGGAAAAAGAUGGCAUGAUCAAAAGACUCACAAAGUACUCAAAUUGCUGGUUGGCGACGACUGAUCCUAAAGAUGUUGCCCGAGUGGAGAGUAAGACGGUUAUCUCAACACCCACAAUGCGAGAGACGGUACCUAUUCCCAGAGAAGGUGUAAAGGGUACCGUAGGGAAAUGGAUGUCACCCGAGGACCUCGAGAAGGCGCUUGGUGAACGCUUUCCUGGAUGCAUGAAAGGUAGGACCAUGUUUGUGAUUCCGUUCAGCAUGGGACCCCUGGGUUCACCACUGUCUAAGAUCGGUAUUCAGCUGACAGACUCGAUGUACGUUGUGGCCUGCAUGAAGAUCAUGACCCGUAUGGGCAAGAAGGCCCUAGCGGCCCUCGGACAGGACGACUUUGUGAGAUGUCUUCAUUCGGUCGGGCAACCUUUGCCCAUGAAGACCCCCAUGGUGAAUAAUUGGCCUUGUAAUCCAGAGAAGACGCUGGUGACACACAUACCAGACAGGAGGGAGAUCCAGUCUUUCGGCAGCGGCUACGGAGGAAACUCUCUCCUCGGCAAGAAAUGUUUUGCACUUCGUAUCGCCUCCAGGAUCGCUAAAGAUGAAGGAUGGCUGGCCGAGCACAUGCUGAUCCUAGGUCUAACAAAUCCCCAGGGCCGCAAGAGGUAUAUCGCAGCAUCUUUCCCCAGCGCCUGCGGCAAGACAAACCUAGCCAUGAUCACGCCCACCCUACCCGGCUGGAAAGCAGAGUGCGUCGGUGACGACAUCGCCUGGAUGAAGUUCGACAAAGAGGGACGGCUGCGUGCUAUCAACCCCGAGUAUGGAUUCUUCGGUGUGGCCCCUGGUACAUCCGACAAGACCAACCCCAACGCUAUGAGGACCUGUGAGAGUAAUACAGUGUUUACAAAUGUUGCUGAGAGGAGCGAUGGAGGUUUCUUCUGGGAAGGACUGGAGAAAGAAAUACCCAAGGAUGUGUCGAUUACAUCAUGGUUAGGUCAAGAGAAUUGGACGAAGGAGAGCGGUAAACCAGCUGCCCAUCCCAACUCUCGAUUCUGUACCCCGGCAUCUCAGUGCCCCAAUCUUGACCCUGCCUGGGAGGAUCCAGAGGGUGUGCCCAUCGAUGCAAUUGUGUUUGGCGGAAGGAGACCCAAAGGUGUCCCUCUUGUCUAUGAGGCAUUUGACUGGAAGCAUGGUGUCUUUAUUGCUGCUGCUAUGAGGUCAGAGACCACAGCUGCUGCAGAGUUCAAAGGCAAAGCUAUUAUGCAUGAUCCGUUUGCUAUGCGUCCAUUCUUCGGCUAUAACGUUGGUCACUACUUCCAGCACUGGUUGGACUUCCAGCAGAAGCCAGGUCUUCAACUCCCCAAGAUGUUCCACGUCAACUGGUUCCGUACGAGUGAGCAGGGCAAGUUCCUGUGGCCAGGAUUUGGCGAGAACACAAGAGUGCUCGACUGGAUCCUGAAGCGCUGUGACGGGGAAGACGUUGCGCAGAAUUCCCCGAUCGGACUCGUACCCAAGGAGGGCUCCCUCAAUGUUGACGGCUUGGAUGAACCACUUGACAUGAAAGCGCUUUUCAACACCCCCAAGGAUUUCUGGAUGGAAGAAGUUCAGGAGAUCAAGAAGUACUUCGAGGACCAAAUCAAUGACGAUUUGCCCAAGGACAUUAGCACUGAGCUCAACUCAUUAGAAGAUCGUAUUAAAGCAAUGUAAAUACAUUUAGUUCUUAAUAUUCCACAUUGGAAAAAUGCAAGAGUUGUUGAAAAAAUGACUUUUUCGAAUAGCUAUAACAGGGCAAUUGCACGGUUUCUCAUGUCACAUCGGCCAAAAUUAUCAGAAAUAUGAAUUUCUCAAUGUUUUUUUUUGUGAUUUGGCAUAUAUAUAUAUGAAAAUUAGUUAUUAUUGAAAAUUUUAGCUGGUAAUCACAUCAACUCGUUUACAAAACCAGGUUUUUGAUACUUGUGUCCAAUAUCAUGUAAGUCACUGUGGAGUUACCCAAUAUAUUGCGGAAAAGCAGUCCUAGGCUCGAUUUCAGAAAGCACUAAGACUCAUCUUAAGAUUCAUUUUUAUUAUUGCCAAUGUGAUUUGGAUUGUGACAUCACACUUCGCAGUUAAUAGUGAUACUCAGUGAAGAUGAGUAUUAACAUAUUGUGGAAAUCGGCCCCUGGAAGGAACGUAGUGUUGUAUAAACACGUCUAGAGGAAUGCUAUGGGAGGGCACCUAGCCCAAAAACCAGCACAAUGACUACCAUGCCAAGUUCCGCAAGGACUAUCGUCCCUACAGCUGGACUAAGUUAGCCCAAACCCUGUUUAGUUGACUACGCUAUUUAAACCUUUUGGUAACGGCCUACCAGCCAUAGUGGCAUCGCUGGUUUUCAAUAAGGGAAUCAAUGUGUGUUGAAGAGGUUUUCAACUUGUGGUUUAAUCCCAACGAGGCCUGGUUCUUGAUAA